ACUGCUGCUGCCGCCUCCUCCUCCUCCUCCUCUCUGUCCUCCAUUAGAGCUCGGUUCCAUCCUCGCUGUACGGCGCAGGCCCGAAGUAGCGCAGCCGCUCUGAGGUUAGUGCCCUACCGCGCAAUCUCCAUUUAUUUCAGCCCCGGCGCAGCCGCAUCAUCGAACCCGGCAGCGCUGGGGCGAAAGAUGCUGAUUGUUUAGAUGUUGACUGGAAUGGGGUUUUCAAACAUAUGUGUCUGUUUUUUAGUGGGGAAUCGUGAUCUAGGCGCGCAUCGACAACAAGCUCGGAGAGAGUAGAAUAGCGUCGGGCCUGUUGUAGCGCUCUGUUUUGUUUCGUAUUGCGCGGGUUUUGUGCUAGCCGAUGCGCUACCUAGGUUUACCAUACAUUACACAUUGAAUUAAAUAGUAUUCAUAAUCUAAUCAAUAACACGCUGCUUCUUUUUCUGAUCAUGAUCGAUGUUCAUUCAGAUGACCGACGCUACAUCGCCAAAUGGUUAGCCAGCUAGCUUAUUAGCCCAAUGUAGGACAGGGCUAGCUUAGCUGUGUUUGGCUGUCAACCUACCCGGCGAGUCGGCUAAUAUUACAGCACAGGGACGACCGAGCCACAGCGUUCAUUAGCACAUACAGCUAUGCAGAAACAACUCUAACAGAUGCUGUGGAAAUGAGCUGAAUUUCAGGCCAUGCGUUCAGUCAAACAAUAGUCUUAUAGUUGAGUCGUGAACCGAAUUGUGAACCAUGUCAGUGAUCCUAUUUGCAUGUUGCUGGGUCUAUGUAGGCAGUCCAGGGGGUUGCUGUAUGAAAACAAACCUUUAUUUGAAGGUAAUAGCAGUUCUGACUGUCUGUGUUUAUGUGAGCUGGUCCUGAGUCCAUUUUAAAGAUAAAACAAUGAUAAGCCAGACCUGCUGUAAUGAGUAUUCUCUAUAGGCUGUUCAUCAAGAGGAAACCUCAGAGUGAUAAAGUCAUGCAUGUCCAACCAGAAAAUCAUACUGAAUGUUCACCCUUUAGAUUCAAACUAGACCCAAUCAUUGAUCUUCACCCCUGUCAGACCAUUAAAUCAAUCCUUUUCUCACACACAUUCAUUUCUCUCAUCAAUAAACACCCCUUCUGCCUCGAUCAAACUGAAGCUUUUUCCUUUGUUUACAUUUUUCUUUUAGGAUUUCUUUCACUCUGUUGGGCUGAAAACAUACUUUGGAACUGUUAUCCCAAUAUUGCCAUGAACAAUGAAAAAUGCACCAAUUCACUGACUUAUAACCCUUAUAUUACUAAAUAAUUAAGAGCAAUUUUCUAAUGCAUUAGAACAGGGUAAAAAGACCCCCUUCCUUUGUUAUUCUAUUUAAGCCACAACAAUAACAGCAUUCACCAUUUACAAUAUGACUAUACUACAGUAUUGAUUAUCAGGUAUAAGGAGACUGAUGACUACUGUGUACUAAUACAGCAGUCAAACCCGUUCAUGUUGCAUCAGGGUUUACAGAAGUAUAUAAGUUACAUGCAUUGUCUCUUACACUGAUGGUUAAUGUACAAUGCUGAUAUCACUUUUCUUUUUGCAUAUGGCUAAACACAACAUAAUUACUGAACUUAAGAAAUAAUUUUAUUAGAUGAAUACAGACAGAGAGAUAAUUAGCUUGGUCAAAUACUGCCUUGAAGGACUGUUGGAUUUCUGUCCAGCCAUCUGUAUACGAAAAAACAUACAUACAAGCCAAAUAUUGGUGUUAUAGUUGAAAGAAAGUCAUGUUUAAUCCAUAAUUUCAUGCAUAUUACAAUCUAGUAUAUAUGGAUAUUUCAACCAGUUGCAUGAUAUGGAUGAGUUUUUAAUGGAGUGAUGAAAAGACAAGUAAAUGAGACAGGUUUAAAAACACGGCUGCAGAAGAAUGUGUUAUCAUUUAGAAAACGGUUUUGGCUGAUGCUAAUGUGAUGCUGUUUAUUAAUUCAAAAUUAAACAUCCAACUGAUCGAUCAGCCUAUCUCUAUCUCAUAUUGCCUUUGUAUACGUUUGUGUGGCUUUCACAGAAGAUGAGCAGGUUUCAACCACAACCACUCUUAUGCCUGUUUUUUAUAUUUAUAUCUAUGCACAGCAUGUCUAGUAUUUACAUUCUUGUGUGAAUAAUUGAAGAAAGGCCCUCUGUCAUUUCAGUAAACCUACUUCUUAUGCUAUAAUCCAUGGUGUAUUUGGGAUCAGCAUAAUGCAUAUAUGCUGGCGUGUGGCAUGUUGGUGUAUAAAUAUUAGGGAAUUUUUUGUCAGCUGUUACAUCAUUUAUUUAGGCAGUAAUAUGCCGAGCUGCACAUCAACACAGCUAAGAUAACUCAAAAACAAGCUCUCUGCUCUUGCAAAACAAGGAUGCGUGUAUUUUCAUGAUCUUAUGCAGUAACUUUGCUCACCUGUCUGUCUCCUUAGUCAUCAUACUGUGGAUCCAGCUAGACCAGACGGCCAAUCAUGGACGAGCACGUCGUACACCAGACAGAACACAUGACCACCAUCGAGGCCAGCGCCGUCAGCCAACAGGUCCAGCAGGUGCACUUAUCAGAGAAUAAUGACAAAGCAGUCUUUCUUCACUAUUUUACUGACUAAGUCAGAUUGGUAGAGGAUAGUAAACACCAUAACACCUGAGUCAGAUACCAGUAUACCACAGCAGUCCGUUUAUCAAUUCAAAUCUGCUCUACAUGGGUCCCUCCUGUCUGUAGGUACAUGUGGCCACCUUCACUGAAACAUCCAUGAUGAGCGCUGAAGAAGAUUCGACGUCUUCACCUGAUGAUGAUCCCUAUGACGACACAGAUAUCCUCAACUCAGCAGGCACUGAUGAGAUCACGGCUCACCUGGCUGCUGCAGGUAUUGUUCACGUCAUUGUUCACCUCUGAAUACAGACGAGACUUUCUGUAGUUUCUUUAUCCGUAGGUUAAAAUGACUCCUUUCAAAAUUCUAACACAGUAGUUGGAUAGAAAUGCUUCAUAGUCAAUGUAAUGUUCCUAUCUGAACAGCAGAUGGUGCUAGUGGACUGUUAAGUGGAUGUAGUAGUUCUAAUACAGUAACUUGCCUCCUGAAACAUCUUAUUAGUACUCUCCUGCUUUUUUUUAAGCUUUCACCUAAAAGUGUCAGUGAAGCCAAAGACAAGGCAACUUAACUUUCAAAAUAAAAGUGCGUUCGGUUUAUGAGUGAAAAAGAAAUCAGGAGAUUUAACAACAACAUAUGUGAUGUAGACUCUCCAUUUAUAGCGGGCUCUUAGAUCAGUGAAAGUAAAGGACAUGUGAAACUUAUUCUACGAAGUGUCUUAGUCUGGUUACCAAUCUAUACUAUUUCUCCCUCAGGCCCAGUCGGCAUGGCAGCAGCUGCUGCUGUGGCAACAGGAAAGAAAAGGAAGAGGCCUCAUAUCUUUGAAUCCAACCCUUCCAUACGUAAGAGGCAGCAGACCCGUCUGCUCAGGUAAAUUAAAACAGCGAAAUUAACUUAUUUACUUCAACAAUUACACUGAAAAAGUAGUUCAAUGCUGAGAUGGCGCUUGUAUGGCUUUUAUUCAGAACAGUUUGUGUUCACAGGAAACUACGAGCCACCCUAGAUGAGUACACCACCAGAGUGGGCCAACAGGCCAUAGUGUUAUGCAUCUCUCCCUCCAAACCCAACCCGAUGUUUAAGGUGUUUGGUGCUGCUCCCCUGGAGAAUGUGGUGAGUGUCGAAAUCAAAAAAGAAACAUCCGAGCCUCUUAGCAAACUGACCCUGUCAGCCUCUGACUGACUCUGAGUUUUAAACAUAUCUAUUUUUCUACCCUGUAGGUGCGCAAGUAUAAGGGCAUGAUGCUGGAGGAUCUCGAGAACGCUCUGGCUGAACACGCCCCCGCUGGAGGAGAGCUGGCCUCAGAGCUGCCCCCGCUCACUAUUGAUGGCAUCCCUGUGUCUGUGGAUAAGAUGACCCAGGUCAGGCUCAUGUCUUUUAAUGCUAAUCUAUCAUUGUUCAACUCUGAAAACAGGAAAUCCUGCGACCUAAAAUCUUAAAACAGUGUUAUUGUCUCCACCAGAGGGCACCAGUUAGCAGUCUAUUCCUGUUGUUUUAUGUUUGUUUCAGCAGAAGCUUAGCCAGUAAUUUCAAGGUCAAAUACUCAGUUUUUGCCUUUUUUCAUUCAUCAGAGCCUUGAUGUGAGUAAGGUGAAUGAUUUCUUAAAUACUCAUAUUCUAAUGAGUUCAGUGUGUAGAAGUAGUGUCUGCACCUGAAGGCUGGACAGGCGGCAGUGCUGGUUCUCAGAGAGUGGAUGUUACUCCUCUCUGUAGGCCUUUCACUGCAACAUUAGCACCACUGCCAACCUCUCGCUCUUCACCCCAGGGAGCCUGGCUUGUUUACUCUGCCCUCCCAGUGCUGCUGACGCAUUCUCUAGAUCAUCAUCAGACUAGCCAGCAUGUCAGCUGCCCUCAGAGACAGCCCUUAAACCCCGGGAGCACCACAGCCAAUCCCGGGGCCAGAUGUGUCCUUAGGGGUGUUAGUCGGUGUUUGUUUUUCUGGAGGUUGUAGGAUGAGAUUAUCAGGAGUAACCUGUUGCCUCACUGAGCUUGGUCAAGCCAUUUGGACAGGUGUCGGGGGCUGAGAUUUCUUAGAAGUAUUUCAGAGAUAUCAUGGUGCUGUUUUCCUCUUAGUUGUUGUUGAUCAUCCUCAGAAGUCACAUGAGUCAGAGCUGUGAUAAAAGAGAAAAUAUUCAACCCUUGCGUGUCUGAUCCAUAUAAGGAAGACCUUAUUGUCUUAUGCAGACAUAGCCGUAGGUAUGGCACAGAUACAGAGAAAUCCCAGGUGAGUUUAAGUGACGCAGGUAGAGGAUUGGCCAAUCAGAUUUAUGGAGCAUCUGCAGCAGGUGAUCCUGGGUCUAGCCUGAGCCCAUAAUUACCCCCUAGCUUUGUAAAGGCCAGGGACCCAACGAAGUAGCCUCCUUCCUAAAUACUGAUUGGACCAUUGCUUGGAGGAUUAAGAUUGGGGGGCUGGGUAGUGGGUUCGAGAACCACAUGCCACUUAACUCAGUAGUCACUGUAAUUAGGCCAUCUGGCCACGCAAACAUGCAUCCACGUACACCCACACAUGGGCCAGCCACAGGUGGAAAUACAGGCAUCUUUUUGGCUACUGAGUCCUUUUUCUGCAGCUAAUCUGAACUCUUCUGUCAGAACGCCAAGUUCUCGCAAAGAUGAAGCCUUUUUUUCUGCAGCUCCUGGAUGCAUUUACUGUUUUCAAAGCUGGUGUGAUUGUGUUUACCGUCCACUUUCCAUUAAGGAUCCAUUUUGCCGUAUCUGUUUGUGCGAAAAGAACUGAGUGUAGAGGUGAUGUGUGAUUGUGAGUCAGAAAAAAGGGGUCUAAAAGGAGGGAGGGGGAAGGGAUUUAUUUCUCCUAGAACCAAAUUUAGACCGUGAUGUCAAGGCAGGCAGACGCUGCAGUGCUUCAUUGUGCAAUAUAAUCCCUCUGUGAUGCUUGCAUAUUACCAGGACACUGAGGACAUGGGCACUAAACCCCACCCCAGCUUGUUAGUGAGUGUGAGCAGAUCCUGGAAGGGUUUUGAUGUGAUGGUGUGAGGGUAUGAGAGCAGAUCGAAGAACGUGAGCAAGGAGAUAUCCCACCCAUGUCAUAAACCUUUAAAAACAUCUAAAUUAAAUCAAAGAUGAAAAAGAAAAAUAUCUGUAUUUUUGUCUUAAAAAACUGAAGGUGGAUCAGUCCCUUCUUAUUUACAUCCUGUUUUUCAAUCACAGACAUACUGUUUGAGUGCUGGUUUCUCUAAAAAUGUCUUUUUGGAUCCCUUAAACCAACACUAAAGACGCUCUUUCCCUUUGAUUGAUAAUGGGACACACAAAUAAAGUAGAAAACAAUAGAACCUGCCUCCGUAAUCUAGCACACAUUAUGAGUGAUUUAGGUUAAUCUUGUGCGUUUCUUUGUGAUGGAUUUUCAUUAAUCUUAUUGACUAGCUUGUCUUUGUUAAUACCUCUGCUAAACAGCCUCAGCUCUGGGAAGUUGCUCCGUGUAAGAUCACCUCAGAUGUUCCCUCGGUGUCUCAGAGUACACACCAGGCUGGAGCCACAGUCAUAGAUUAGUCUGUUAUUAAACAUGAUCACAUUGUUCUCCUUUUAGAAAGCCUGUUUCUAUUUGCAGGUCAUGGCUACCUCAGCACCCUGCAGUAGGUGCCUGAUCAAUACACCCCUCCCCUCGCCGCCUGCCCGCCUCCUCAAGGGCAUGUGUGUGCUGUGGUGGUGUCUGUGUGGGAAUGUUCGGCUUUUCACUUAGUAGAAGUAUUGAAUGUGUCUCGUCUGUCUCCACGCUCGUGUCUUUUGCUGCAGGCCCAGCUUCGAGCGUUCAUCCCAGAGAUGCUGAAGUACUCGACAGGCCGAGGGAAGCCCGGCUGGGGCAAAGAGAGCUGCAAGCCGGUGUGGUGGCCUGAGGACAUCCCUUGGGCCAACGUCCGCAGUGAUGUGCGCACAGAGGAGCAGAAACAGAGGGUGAGAGGAAUACUCAAGUCACCUGAGAGAAAACCACUUUAUCUCUUCGUCUUCUUUUUAAUUGUUAUUUUUAUUACCAACCUGAUAAUCCCACAUAAUAAGAGAAACAGGAAAGUGACGUAAAUACUGAAAAUUUAGGCCCCUCCAAGAGCUACAACUUUAAACAAAAGACAGAUCUUAUCAGCUGAUAUCAUCGGUAUCCUUUCUAAAUAAAAACACAUCUUAAUUGACAGCAUAUCAAAUCUAAAACAGUUACUAGCUGGUGUUUUAUAUAAAUCCUUCGAUGCUGUUCAGUGUUGUUUCUGACAGAAAAAUCUGCCAUGAUCAGGAAUCUGUAGUCUAGACUGACACAUUUCUCUUUCUCCACCUAAAACAUGUUUCUGUCCAAGAACAGCUUUAAGGUUAAAAUCCUUCUUUUUUACUUCUCAUGUAAAUUUGUAUCAACUGUUUUUUUUUUCCUUAGGUAUCUUGGACGCAGGCGUUGCGGACCAUUGUUAAGAACUGUUACAAGCAGCACGGCCGUGAAGAUCUGUUGUACGCUUUCGAAGACCAACAGAUCAACCCUGUAACGGCCACCCAGCACCACCUGACCGCUGCCCAGAGCAUCGCUCACUUAGUGCCCUCGCAGACUGUGGUACAGACCGUCAACAACCCCGAUGGGACAGUCUCACUAAUCCAGGUGCGUCUGAGUCUCAGUUUUUUGACCUUUAAAUUGGUACGGACUGAACAAACAGGUUUGAUAGUAAGGUUUGAUCGUCUGUCAGUUCAGUUUUUUAAUUUUGUAGCUGAAUUUGUCUCCUUCAGGUCGGGACGGGACAUACAGUCGCCACGCUGGCUGAUGCGUCUGAGCUUCCUGGUGUUACAGUGGCGCAGGUUAAUUACUCUACAGUGACUGAUGGAGAGGUAACGAAACACACCUACUGAUGCUUUUCUGUCCAUUUUUAACACUUAUUUUUAUUAUUAACUACAUUCAAAGUUAUUUAAAAUUACAACACCACUCUUUAACUUCCUACAAUGACUCAACUGAUUAAGCUGAAAAGUUUGUUAAGGGGGGUGAGGAAAAUGGGACGUGGGUAUGUGAGAAAAAAAGUUCAUAUGACAGGAGCUGAAAAUGUGAAUAAAUGCCAGAAAAAUGACAAACUACUGUUUAUUUCAUCACUUUCUUUAUGUAACUGUGUUGUUAUUUUUGUAGGUGGAGCAGAACUGGGCCACCCUCCAGGGCGGUGAGAUGACAAUCCAAACCACUCAGGCCUCUGAGGCCACACAGGCUGUAGCAUCUCUGGCUGAAGCCGCCGUCGCUGCCAGUCAGGAGAUUCAGCCUGGAGCCACUGUUACGAUGGCUCUCAACAGGUACACUAGGUGAACACUAGACUCCAGAUAUGCACAUUUACUGUAAGAUUCUGUGUUUAUUUAUUGCAUUAACACCAUUUUUAAAGGUCUUUUAGUUUCUGCAAAGCCAGAGGAACACUUACUCUAACGUCUGAAUAAAAAACUGAGAACUAUCGGAGCAGGUGACCAAAAAUCCCUGGAGAUGAGAGUCAAGGAACUGUCAUCCAAAUUCAGCAUCUAAUUAAUUAGCUAUUAAAGGUGCUGCAUGCAAGCAAGGUGUACCACCACUAAACUGUUUGUUAGCCCUUAUUACCACAUGCUCACGGUUCAUUAUCAUUUUGUUUACGAACCCCAAUUCCUAUAAAGUUGGGUCCUUCUGUUUGAAAUCAGCAAAUGUUUAAUGCUCUGUGAUUUAAAGAUAGUUCAGCUAAGUAUACGCGUAUUUAAACAUAAUGUAUUUGCUGCAGUGAUGUUAAUAUUUACAGCCUAAGCAGCCAGUCCUUGAACAUGGAGGGGGGGGUUGUUGUUGGUUAAGUGUUUUCCUGUAGGGAAAUCAGACAGACAUCAUCUUAUUCAGAUGGGAUCCACAGAAGGAUGUUCUACCAGGCCCUUUUAAAUCAAACUGUAUGUUUGCUCAUUGAUCACGUUCAUUAGUAGUCCUUGUGAUCGCAGCUGAAUCCUGUUCAAGUUUCUGUUUUUGUGAUUUUAGGAUUACUGAAAACCGACUCAAAGGUUUUGAAACCACCAGUCAGUUGUUGCUGAAUUGCUGACAUGUUCGCUGUUUUCUCACCGCUCUGGUGUAAAGACAAUGAUUUCAGAUGUGUAUGGGUAUGUCCCACUGGGGCUUGUUACCUGCACCCACCUGAGCCCUCCCUCCUCUCCACCCCGCCCUCGCAUCCUCCUGUUUACCUGAACUGCUGAACUACUUUGGGCUCUCUGCUCCACAGGCUUUGGAACAUUUUGUCUCUGUUUUCCUCUGGAGUCCUUUUCUCCGCUCGUCUCCUCAUCUGAGCGACAGAAAAUGAAAUAAUUUGAGUGUCAUGGUUUUACAGAACGAUAAACAGUUUGGCAUCAUUGAGAUAACAGGGCAUUUUGUACGCAUCCUUACAGUCUCCUCCUGUGCUCUGUCAGCUCUUCCUCCUCUUCUUCUCACGUCUUAUCUGUCCUCCAUAGUUCUAUCUCACAUGUGAUUAUCAACCAAGCUGUGAACAUUUCCAUUAGUUCAUAAGGAAGCCGGUGGGGUAAUAGGCUCGUGGUAAUGCCAGUGGACAGAUCUGGUUAAUAAAACUGCUUUGUUAGACCAGCAGCACCUGGCCUUUAGGGAGAUGUGACAGAUUCUCUAUAAGUCCAGACUAGAAAAGCCUCUUAGGGCUCAUACACUCCUACAUCUUCACCCUGCAUCUCGCUAAUAACCUUGUCCUUUGUGAGCAGACCGUGUGUGUGUGCGUGUGUGUGCGCACUACUCUACUUUGACCCAGUGACUCUAUGUGGAAGUUGUUAUGAAUUAACUUCUAUCUUAGCUAUUUUUUUUCCCAUAAAUUGUGAAUUAAGGGAUUUUUAAUUUGUCUUUGCUGUACUCUUUACCUCAUAUGUGUGUGUAUGUGUUUGUGUGUGUUGCAGUGAGGCAGCUGCCCAUGCAGUAGCGACGCUCGCAGAGGCCACUCUACAAGGUGGAGGGCAGAUCGUCCUGGCAGAGACGGCAGCUGCUGUUGGGGCACUGGCAGGGGUUCAAGAUGCCACAGGUACAUAUUCAUACGUAAUGUUAUUAUGACACACAGCACACAAAAUACACCUCAAAGGACAAAAUCUAGUUAAAAAACCCUCCUAUAAAAACAAUUUUAUUUGUAUAGCACCUUUAAAACACUGGUUUGUAUACUGAUUUAACAUCAACAUCCAUAUAAACCCUUUUCAUUUUAGCUUGUAAAAGAAGGACAGAAAUGAUUUUUAGAUUACAUUUCUUCACAGUUAUAUCAGUACUGAACUCUAUGGGUUAUGUGAUGUGAAAAGGGUCUUGAGACAGUUUUGAACCUCCUCUGCCAGAGAAGAAAAAAGAAGGCUGUACAGUGAUGAUGUUGAUAUUGUGUGUUGUAAAAGGGGUCAUGAAAUAAAGCUUUUCAUUGAUGACUGUGAUAACCUGCAUCCUCACAAUAGUAUAGCCACUUUAAAAAAUGCUGUUAGUUUGAGUUGAAAUGGAGAUGAAACCUGCAACAGAAGCUGAUUCCCUAGUUAGAUAUUGUGGUCCAAAUGUAAAUGUUAAAUCAACAUCAACAAAUAGGCAUGCAAAACAUUCACUCUUGAACCAAUUCUGAACACCUUUUCAUAGGUGUUCAUGGAGAAGUUAUCAUGGUCUCACCAGAAUUACUAGACUUUGGAUGAUUUAAGAGAAGUUCAGGGGGAAACAGUGAGGACAGUCCAGGUUUGUUUUUUUUUUAUAUAGUUUAUAAAAUGAAAUUAGGAACACAUUUCCUACAAAAGCACACAGUUUAUUUUUUAGUUGAAAAGAUUUUUCUUCAACUUUAUUUUUAUGAGUACAUUCAGUUUUUCAGAAUACGUGUAAAGAGUGAAAUAAAGGAAAAGAACUCUAAAAGAACAGGAAAAGAAAGGCACAGAUUGAAAAAUACACAUACAAAUAUAUAUUGCUACACAGGGAGAGAAGAAUCAUAGUAACAAUGUGUAUAUUUCAAGAGGUAGGUCCAGGGUUUAGAGAUAUUUCAGUCAUUUUUGUUCCGUUAAAAUUAUAUUUUCUAUAUUGGUUGCUGCUGCUACAUGUCUCCUAAAUAAAUCCAACUGUCCACUGUGUUUUUGAAGCAUUUCUACAUUUAUGGAUCCAUAAACUUUCCAGAAGAUUUGUAGUUUUUUUCUUUUGUUUUUUUUUUCAUUUUGAGCUGUAAAAUCCUUUGAUGGCUUAAUCAGUUGGACUAGUUUCUGUCCUCUGUGAUACUCGAUCAUCCACAUUUCCUACAUCUUAAAUUAAAUUACUGAUGAAUUUUGGACAGCCGGAGACUUACGUGAUAUUUUGUAGAAAAAAAUAUAUCAAUAAAUAAAUAGAAAACUGAGUAUUGUUAAGUUAUUGAGUUCUGGCUCCACAUUUUGACUAAUUACCAUUUAUGUGUGUGUCUAGCCAAUGGCAUUCCUAAUUAGUCUUACUAAGUGUAAGCUUCCCUGCAGUAGCACUGCGGUGAGACCUCUGAGCUCCUCCACCCUAAUCUACUCUGUGCUGAUGUGACAGGUGGUGUGUGUGUGUGUGUGAGUGCAUGUGUGUAUCUCGUAGCAUACUCCCUGCUUUUAAUGAUACGUUAGCUGCAUCGCCCUAUGGCCCGCCUGCUUUCAUGCAUACUGCAUGCACUAUGGCAGCGCGUGUGUGUCUGCUGGGAAUGGACCACUUUGUAAUGACAUCCUUGCAUCGCUGUUGCAUCGCGUUAACGACCAUUUUUAGCAUCUGCUCAGUCAAUAAACUGAGGGUGGAAACAGAAAGCUUGUCAAAGAUUUAUAUCAAGCUUCACACAUAUAAUCUCAUGUUGGUUGUCAAAUGUCGCCUUUUGACUAUUAAAACAAAAACAUAAAUAUCCAGGUUUAAGUUACAAGGAAAAUACGAAACAUACUGAGCUCCUGCUGUGGCCUGGCUUUAAUCUACGGCUCUAGAUUUCUUAAGUUAUAAUUCAGUUUCCUUUUUAAUUUUAUAUUUCAAUUUUGCUUUAACACUUACUUCUGCAGGAACAAUUUGAUCCAAUAAUUUCCUCCGUCAGAUUGCUCAAAUCAUACAAAUUAUACAGUAAAGAAAAUUAUGAGUAGCAAAAGUAAACACGGAAGUCUGUUUUGAGCAGUAUGUGACAAAAAUGUAAUCAAACUCCUUCCUCCUCAUAGGACCAUCCUACAGGUGUAUAAAAACACACACUUGCACGAAACAUGCUUAUCAAGGGGGGCAUGAGCAGAUGUCUUAGGGGCCCUCCUAAAGAGAGCAGAUUAGCUAAAGUAGCUUUGCAGCUGUAUGGUGCUUCUGUCUGUCCGGUCUAUAUAGCUUAGAAUAUGAGACACAAGUGGCUCUAAUAGUGUCAUAGGAAAUAGCACUAAUAGCUUUUUUUGUUAAAUGGAAAGAUAUAAAUGCAUUAACAAAAGAAAUUGUGGGUGUAAAAUUUCCAAUGGAUUGCAUCUUUACUCAUAGCUUUUCAAAAGGAAGCUAAGGAGGGACUUACAGCUUAUUUUCAUUGGUGUUUUAAGAAGCUAAAGGCACUCUGUUUAACAGGAAACACACUGACAAAUAACAGCUAGCUUAUAGAUUCUGUGCAUCAUGAGUGAGGGACAUAAAUAAUCCAGUAAGUGCAUCAUUUGGCACAAAAUUUGUGUGUGCCCCUAAGUGCAGAUAAAGCCUCCAGACCUUAAAAAUCUUACAACUUCUUUCUUAUCACUGUUUGCCACAGAAACCUGUGAGAAAAUAGUUAUAAAAACAAUCUGUUCAGUUCUCGCAGAGGCUGAUAGACUGCAGGAGGAAGAUUUAAGAGUACUCUGACAGAAUCUUGUCCUAUACCAGGUUGAUCAGCUAAACUUUGCAGAGUAAAUGCUCAGUCAUUGUUGUAAUCUUGCUUAUCUGUACUCCAAUGUAAAUCCAGUUUAUUAAAAUCUACCAUUUGCACCUUUUUGAUGUUUGACAUCUUGCGUCGUAAACCUGAAGGACUCAUUUGGCCGCAGUCGCUCACUUCAGCGACUAAUGGAGCUGCCAAAGCCAGUCCUUCUCUUGACUAUUGACCUUAGCUAAUCACUGCAGUGCUCCACACAAGUGGAGAGCCGUGUUUGAAGUGCACCGGUCAAGACAUGGCUGAUUGGCUUGUGUCGUGACUCUGAAAAAAGGCAUGCCAAAACACACCAACACACACACAGACUGAUGUCGGCUCAGGGGCCACACCAGACACAGUCCUUAAUAUUAAGGCAACAAUGAGUCAGGCACUUCUCUCAUUUACUGUGCUGAGUCUGUAAGUCACCAUGCCGGGCCAGUGACCUGCGCCAUAAGCCCUCCAUCAUAAUCACGACAAGCACAAUCACCUGCAUCAGCGAAACUUAACCAUGUCAGAAAUCACCGGCAAGUGGGCUUAGCAAAGGCCACAUUAGAGGAUCUACAAUUGCCAGCUAAUGUCGUAUAAGAGGCCUGAUAUUGUUUAAGGAGACUUGUCACGCUGCUGCAUAAUUUGUUUUUGUACUUUCAUCAUUGAUUUGGUUCUUUCUUCAAAUCUGUCAACAUUGAAAGUACUUAGAUUGAUUUGAAAGCAGCUGUUUUUAAUCCCAGGCAUCACAUCCAAAGAUUCAUGGGUAAUGUGUGUUUGUUGCGUUUAACGUCCGGUGUCUUAGCUCGCGGUAUUGGAAGCGGGUAUGAGCCACUGCCAUCCCCUAUGCUGACCUUCUUGCCUGCCUGUGACACUGUGACAGCUUGCAGGGUGGGGCAGAAGCCCACGUGAUUGCAGCAAUAAUCCCUACAGGCACACACACACACACACACACACACACAUACACACACAGCUGGCCAAGAGGAGAAGCAGGCUGAGAGUGUUCAAUCGGACCAUUGUUCGGAAAUGCCGUCUCUAUAACAUGGCCGCCUCCUGUCAUAGGCAACUACCUAGACUUGAGUGCCUCCCAAGCACUGUGUCAAACACACUCUAAUGACCAGAUUACAACACAAUAUCAGUCACUGGAAUACAAACGUAAACAAACAGACCAACAAAAACUGCUCAUUUGUGUGUCUUCAUCAAAAUCUCUCCGUGUCCUCUCCUCAGGUCUUGUCCAGAUCCCGGUUAGCAUGUACCAGACAGUUGUUACCAGCCUCGCCCAGGGGAACAGGCCGGUCCAGGUCGCAAUGGCACCUGUUGCCACACGCAUAGACAACACUGUCACCUUGGACGGCCAGGCGGUGGAGGUCGUGACCCUGGAGCAGUGACAUUAGUGACCCUGGAAGGAGUAGGAGGCACUGAACGGUCGCUCUGGAGAUUUGUUUAUCCUACUGUUUUCCAACAAACUACACCGUGUACAAUGUCAAAUAUAUUUUUAAAUGUGCAUCUGCAGGGGAAGCAUUGUGUUUACUAUGUAAAGAUGUUGUUUUUGUUGGUGUAAUUUUUCCCCCCUUUAGCAUCAUUUUUUUUUUUUUUUUAGAUUUGUGAUGUUGAGAAUUUAGUAUUUAUUUCUUUACAUUAAAUCUUGACUUCAAACAAAGAGAAACCAAAAAACCCAGGAGGAGAGCCACCACUGAUUUCACCCUGAGUGUGUUACCUUCACUGCUCUUAAUUUCAUUAUCGUCUGUGUGCUUGACUGUUAUGUUUUUAGGAUUUAUUUUCAAUUCAGUGCCAUGGUUAGAAAUCACUCCUAUUUGUUACCCUUAAUAUUAAUCUGUGCUCUAAAUUGUGCUCUUCCCACCUCAACUCACCUGAAACUCUGUUCAUACACGGGACAGCAUGCAAGCUGUAGACACUCCCAGACAUGAAAUGAAGAAAUAUUACAUUGAAGUCCAUCUUGUGUGCUUUUCCUUGAGCUGUUUUCUGUAAUCCACGCACAUGCCAAGAUUUGUGAAGACUCAGGAUCUACAUCGGGGUGUUUUUUUUUUUUUUUUACUGCUACACUGCUGAGCUGUCUUCCUGAAGCAGCCAUUUUGACUACCAAAACAUUUUAUCCACAGUGCAUGAAUAUGAGCACCCCUCGCUGUUAUUUUUCUAACAUGAACUCCUUCGUACGUCACCGAGGACUUUGUGGUGGUCCGCAUCACUUUUUAUUUCACACAAAUUUGGCCAUGCGUAGUCCGAGCUGCAGUCAUUGUAUAACAGAUGUCAGAAGAGCAUUUCUCAAAGUAUUGCCUCAAAAUCAUAGCUUGCAAAGACAAGAUGUAGUUCUUUGCAACCAUCAAAUUUAGUUCAGCUCUCACCAGUAUUUAAGAAAAAUAAAGUUCAAUAAAAUGGCUGCUGUUUACAAUUUAUUCAUUGUUUGAUUAUUCACACAAUCUCCACUUAAAAUGCAUCUUUAUAUAAAGAAUUAUCAAACAUCAGUAAUAAAGGUAAGUCCUAAAAUUAAAUCAUUACUCCCAAUACAGGAAGUUAAGAGUAACUUUCUUGAUACAGAUAAUCACAUACAAUAAUCAGACAAACUACAAAAUAGCCAUCCAAUACAAGUAUCACAGUGUUAGCUGCACAGGCAACUCUUGGGGUGGCUUUAUUGAAGGUUAAAGACUCAAAAAGUGACUUAAAAGAGAAAACAGCACAAAACAAUAGAAACACAGAGUCCAGUAAUGACAAAUCUGCAGGGAAGAUAGACAUGAGUACAAGUUUUUUACUGAAACAACCAUUGCUUAUAUAUUUACUAUAUUUAUUUCACUUUAUUGAGCUUAGAUGAAGUAGGAAAAAAGAAAACUACAACAGGAUGUCCUGGUUGAAUAUGUUUGUAUCCUCCAGCUGGAAUACAUGAUGUUGCACAGCUAAAUUCACACAGAACAGACACACAAACAAGUAUUUGUGUUGAUUUUCAUUUUUGCUAACUUUACAAUUUUCUCAUUUUCUUCGCAUGUCAUCCUUUAAAAGGUACUCCGCCUGCCGCUGCUACAAAGUGAGAUAACCAAGCAUCUCUGCAGCACCCCCACCUUCCCUGCCGUGACAGACAGGACCAUGAUUACAUCAUAAGCUGCCUGAACCUCCUCUGCUUUAAAGCCUGGGAUUUGCUAGCUGGUCCCUUCUGUUGCAGAGUAGAACAGAGAGGGAAGCGCUCAUGCCUUAAUCUAGCAGGCGUCAGUGAAUAUCCCGCUCUUCCUCCAGAUUAAAGCUGAACCAGGUUGCAUUCACACUGAUGAAAAGAUCCUGUUUCCCUCCUUGUUUAAUGCUUCUCCCCUUGUGUCAGCUGAAGAGCCCUGAGUCGUUUGUCGUCGGUCUUAAUAGGCAAGAGAAAAUAAAAAAUUGUGCAUCAUCACUGGCCUAUUUGAUAAACUCUGUGGGUGUUGUUUUGUUGGGUGUUCUGUUUGAUGUGAUGUUUUGUCAGGUUGCUGGUUGGUUUUGUUUAAACUGUUUGGCUUUGGAAAAAAAAAAACAUUUAAAAACAAGAAACACGUGAAUCAAGAAGUCUCUGCAGAUUAAGGAGACCUUAUUAGCAUGUUUUCUUGGAAAAAGGCUGGCGCUUCAUGCGGCCUAAGCCUUCCCCUCCACUAUCAGUCUCUGCUUCUUUGCCCCUUCAAUCCUCUCUCUUACGCUUACACUGAGUCAUGAACCUUUUAACCGUAUCAUUCAAAUUGAAUUAAACUGAGCUAUGAAAUGGCUCACUUAAAAUAAAUGUUGUAUGCUGUUAAGUGUUUUAGUUUCAAACAAUAGUGGAGUAAUUUAGCUCUUGAACGGGCUGCCAAAUCCUCUAAUUGUAUUGCACAAGUCAACCUAUUUUCUCCUUUUCCAAGAAUUAUCUUAACCAAGAGUGUUUAAGUUUUUAAUGAUUCAAUGAUUUUCUGUUUUAAAAUUCUCCUUUGAGAAUUUCAUCAUAGAGUUGCGUUGAAUUUUAUGGUUGCUAAUUCCACUUCCACUCGGCUGAAUCAGACCUUAGAUGUGUUUUAUAAAGGGUGCCUGUGCUGAACUGUGUGACACAGUUACAUCAUUAUGCAUCAUAUUGCAGAGCACAUCCAUCUUACUGACUUCAAACCUGAUUGGAUGACAUCAAAACCAUCCAAUCUAGACAGUCAGGCUGCGAAGUGCCUGUGCACCGUCCUGGGGGGCAAUUUAGUUUAGCAGAGGAGGAUCACUGGGCAGCACUAUUGAUUCUCUGCAGCAGGUCAACAAGGGCUCUGGCCCGGGCUUCAGUAACCUGGCUCUACAGGGGGUCACUGCAGGGUGACAGGGGAGGGGUUGGUCAUUCCUGUUGCCUGGAGUCGUGCGGGCAGACUCUAGGGCAGAGCUUUAAUCUCCACUAAUCGUUUCUUAAUACGUGCAUCCCAGGCCCUACACCCCCGCACUCCCACAUGGGCACGCACACAUAUGUACAAACUGCACGUUGUCCAAGCCCCCACUUGCUCUAACAAGAGAUAAUCUCCUGCCCCUCGGCCUGAGCAAAGGGCUGGGUCACAACUUAAAAAAGAAAAAAAGAAAAGACAUCCUUUUUGAGCAAGGAAAUAUUCUCUCUCAGAUUUUAUCCCCUUGCUGUAGAUAUGUAGACAUGUAAGAAACUAGAAAGAAGUUUUCUUAUAUGUCUAACAAAUAAAAAUCAUACAGAAAAAACAGUCUGCAGUUUCCCAGCAGCCUUUCCAUCAGCAGACAUGCUGCCGAUGACGCUCUCCCCUCCCAUAAUGUUGUCUAAUAGUCUAAUAAUGGCAUCCUCACCUUCUCAGCUCACACCUCUGUCCACCUCCAGCCCAGACACUGCGUAAGAACGACCAUAAUCUCAUUUUACUAAUGCUCUGCAGCCUGCAUUAGAGCACAGGCGAAGCACUGUCUCAGCCCAACUCUACCCACCCAGGAAACUAUGUGUGUGUAAGUGUGUGUGUGUGUGUGUGUGUGUGCGUGAGAGAGAGAGAGAUGGAGAUGGAGAAAGGGGCCAGGGGGGCUGUGGGAUAGAGGGGGGAACUGAAAAAUGCUGUGUAACCUGAGCUGCUAGGCCCAUCUGGAGAAGGCCUUGAAUUGACAAGGGUUAUCCCACAAUGCACUUUGCCGCAGAGAAGAUCAUUAGAGUAAGUCUGACACAUAGAUUUGUCUUUUUCAAGUAUUUAUUAGCAUCACAGAUGAGAGAAUUUGUACGAUUUUAAUGUCAUAAGAGAGAUAACUGUGAGCAGAAGAAAAACAGAACAUUUGCAUGUCAUAUAUGCAUAUUUUCUCUGAUAUGAGACACAACUACACUUAACAUUUGAAUAUUAUAAAGUGAAAAAAAAAACAGCUGUGUCAACUGGUCUGCAUCUAUGCACACAUAUGAGCGCUUACCUCCUCUCUCUACCAACACACAGAUGCAAGAUGGCUUCCUCUGCGGGCCCGAUGACGACGUCCACGCAGAUCAAACAUAGCUAGCCUGCAGGCAAACUGGUAACAAUACAAAUCAUAUUAGCUAGAGCUGAAGUGUAGGCUAUAAAGCAGGAUUUAUGCAUAGGCAGAUAAAGAGGUUUAAAUCCCCAGAUCCCCCUGUCACCUACAUUAGCAGACCCUGACCCAGAUAUAUGGAGCUCAGUGUGUAGCAGUUUUUCAAGACACACUGUCAACGGAUUGUUACAGCAAAACCAAAUCCUAAAUCUGAGAAAGACUCCCUCUCUCUCUCGAGCUCUCCGCCCUUCUUUCGUUCGGGAAAAAGGAGGAGGGGAAAAAGGCCGCAUUGAAAGAGAGGGGUAAGAUGAUACGGCUCGGUUUGCCAAUUAUGCCACUGAGCUAAGAGAGGAACCCCCUGAUGGCUGGACGGAGGCGGAAUAUAGCCGAGCUUCUGUACAACCACAGAGCCCCUCAUGCUGCAGAGCUGCACGCACCUGAUCUAACUAUCGAUAAUGAUAGAACCUUAAGAAAAGACCGACCGAUGGAUCAGGGGACGAAUAAGAAAGAAGCUACGAUAUAAACAAAAAAUAGUUUCAACCAACAGUCAAACUUCCAAAUGUAUUUACAUGACACUAAACCAUAUUUGAGACAGUAAGCUGAUCGGAAACAAUGCAUCCUUUUUGUUUGAAAACGAGACAUACUGGGUAAUAUUUCAGGGUUUGCUGAUGGGUGUUUUUGCACUGGCUGUAUUGUAACCCUUGUCUAAUUUUCUUCUUAUUUUCGGCCUCCACUGACUAUCUGCACAUUUCUUUUCAGCAGGUAACAAAAUGCACUUCAUUUGAAUCAUUUUUCCUUCUUGCAUCUUGACAGCAAACAGCUUGCGGUUUUUAGCCUGAAUCCACCUCCGCAUCAUGAGGAGUCUCUUCAGGUGUUUAUCUAACAUGUGAAAACCCCCACCAAGAGUUUGAGAGUCACCGGAGCUUUGAGGCUGGGGUGCGCAGGGGAGGAACAUAGUCAUCACCCCACCCUUCACCACCAUCAGCCACUCACUCACUCUCUGACAUAAACAUCCUUGAGACGUUUCUCCACCUGGAGCGAGGAUUUUUUUAAAAUCUUCAUAUUGUUGUCGUCUUUCUAGGUUGGCGAACACUCUCAGGCAGUAGUUGGCAAGUCUAGAACCACCGGAUCCAUCUACCUCACCAGUGUGAGUUCUACCAUUGCCAAACACCACCAGAGAGCUGCUGGGCCUCUGCAGACAUGGAUUCUUGAGAUGUAGCGUAAUUCAGGUACGAUAAGGAACCUGCGAAGAAUGAGCUAGAACAUGGUAUAAAUCAUGUGGGUUUUUUAGGCGACAUUUUUAUCUCUGUUAGGCUGAGAGCAUCCUCCAGGUUCAUGGAUUGAGACAGCCUUUUACAUACAGUUUUACUCAACUUCGGUUAGUGUGCAUUCAAGAUGCAAGUCCACUUUUAGGUUGUAUAUCAGCAGGGAAAUAAAAAAUAAUUCACAUCUAAAACCACAGGAAGGACAAGAAUAAAUGUUUUCACCCAGGGACACUAAAACAUGUGCUAAAAUGAAGGAGAUUCCAGGAAUAUGCCAAAGCGAUGGAAGUCUAUCUUGUCCUAUAUUGGCACUACACAUAAUUGCUCAAAGUAUAUGUACAGAAGCAAAAAUGUGCUAGUGCCAAAAUGGGCAAAGAAGAGGAGCGGCUGUUGUUAUAGAAGCGCAUCAGAGACAUAUCGCUGCGAGACUCAUGCACCCGCACCAGAGUGAUUACAUCACACUCACCCCACCCACAAGCACACCACAGCAAAGAAGAGGAAGAGCAGAGCCAGUUUAAGCUCCCAUGAACGGGCACCAUCAUCAUCCUCAUCCUCAUCAUCAAGUGGUUCUUUCUCUGCUCUGUUUAUGGCCCUAUGGUAAUUCACUGAUAGUGAGCUCUCACAGUGAAUUCUACCAGUGCCAUACACAGAACAGGAGUCAUUAUCACCCCAAUAACCCAGGCCAGCCUGUGAGGAAGCAAAACUAUGCAAACUAGACCCUCCUUGAGGAGAGCAGAAACAACAGCCUGGAGAGAGAGAAGGUGACAGAAGCAUAGAUGUGUGAGUAGAGGAGAAAAAAAAGAAGAAGAGGAGCGUUUAGUCUUAAAAAAUGUCAGCGCUGAUGCAGUGAUGCAGCUGAACUGGAGAGGCACUGCACUGCGGUGGAUUGAUCCACGCGUUGAGUAACAGGUCAAAGGAUACCGUGUCUAGGUGUUGGUUUCUAAAUUUAAGUCCAGUCAAUCCUAAGAGAGAGUAAACAUCCUUACCUAGUUGUUCACUGCUAAUCACCCUCACUGCCAAUCUGUAGAUUUCCAGCAAAGGAUCAUGGAGCAAAGACGACCAAAUAAACAAGGGCAUAAAUAAAAUACAGCACUUGACAUCCGCUUAGACUGCAACAGGCAAAUACUGGAUGUGAGGGCACAAACUAAGUAGAUGGAUCUACUUUUUUUUAAAACACACAAACAUUUGAAUGAAUCUUUUAUGCCUUUUGAGCUCAUCAUUGUCUGAUUCAUGAGGAUGGUACAAACCUUAUAGUCAUAUUUAUGUAUAAAGCCUGUGCUAACUCUUUCCCAUCCUAAAUUCAAGGAUGAAAACUGAAGGUUAAAUUCUAUCACUGUCUUCCACGCAGCACUUAAAGCCUCUUUAACCUUUAUGGAUCGCAAAAAUGGGACUACAUUGACCAAAUGUUGAACGAGAGGGAAAAGAACCGACUGAACCAGCCCUGGAUUAUCAUUACAGUGAGCCAAAAAUCUCAGAAAAUGGCUGCCACUGCAGUCAGCUGGACCUUGAAAAUAAACUGUUUCAAAAUGGCUUUCUAUGCACGCCAGGCCUUUGCUACAAAAAAUAUAAACAACGAAAAUAAUCCUGCAGCAAAAGAUUUAAGUCAUUAUAAACAUUGAGAAACUGAAUGAAACUUUCUCUCCAUCAUCUGACCUUGGAUGUGUCGUUAAAAACAUCUUCGUACUGCAGAUAAUCCAAGUCGCAGAGGCUGCCCGUCCUCAGACGCCCCACCCUUGCUUCAGCCAUUAGUUCCCUCGCCCUGGGCCCUGCAGUGUACCGAGCUGCCAUUGAUUCCAGCGAUCAAACCAUGUACUAAGUGAUUCCUCAGACGCCUAAAUGGCUCCCUGAGCAAGACUCCCAUUGCCAUUUCCUGGAGAAAUCAAUACCACUAAAAAGCCAAGUCGAAAAAGAAUCUAUGUCUUUGAAAGGUUGGAUUAUGUCUUAUUUUUCCAACCUUAAUUAGAUAACAGAUGAGAAUUUUGCCCUUUUUUUACUUGAGGAUUCUUGGAUGGAUAAAAAAAUGCUCAUUAUUUCUGUGCGUUAAAUCUAUUGCACCUCACAGAACAUGUUUGGAUUUCAGUUUAGUCUUUCAUAUAAAUUGAAUUAAUACUAAUCUGAUGUAUGUUUGUUCAUGUAGAUCUUUUUCACCCUUAUGUAAAUAUACAUUAUGUUUUAAUUGUUAUCUACCUAAUACAUGACAAAGUCAUCAUGAUCUGAUGUAUCAGCAAGGCCAGCUGUCAAAAUAUAAAGCCAUUUGCAUUACCCUAAAUAAAACGGAACUGCCCUUUUUUUUUUUACUAAAAUAACCCAGGCUAAAGUAAAUAAUGAUUUCAUAUUGUUUUUAGAAGUUACAGCAUUGUAAAUUGUCACAUGGCUGCUAGCUUAUUUUCUUUAUUUCCUUGUUUAAAUGCACAUCAGUACUGUUAUAUUACAUUUAAGGGUUCAGUAUGAACACACCAACAAAAAUGCUAAAUUAUUUCAGCAUGCAGUAAAAUUUCAGAUCAGACAAAACAAGAUUAAAAAUACAGAUAUGACAUGUUAAGGGAGCACUGAUUCUUAUUUUCCCUCCUCGUUGACUAGCAGGUGAAUAUAAAACACGCUUUGUACUGCUUUAUUCUACGGAUUGCUUUUUGCAUCUGUCAUCGUUAAUUCAGAGCUGCUCCGAAAGCCCCUUCAGUUAAUCGCAUUUGUCUGAAUAGGGAGUCUACAAGUCCUCAACUUCUCGGUUAUUUCAGGAGGCUUUAUCACUCCUUUAAGUCCCGCAGCACGAUUCACAUUCUCCAUCAGUCAUGCAACCCCAUCGUCUAACU